GCUGUUCCGCAGGUGUAGUAUUCGCGCUUAUCGCUUUCGACUAUAGUAUACUUUUAACAAGUAUACUAAUUAAAUCUUUCUUUAAACAAACGUCCUCGAAGUGUAGUUUGAAUUCACCAACAAACAUAGUCACUCAAUGAUAUCGGGUAUCACUACAGUCUUAUUCUAGGGAUGAACUUUGGAUUAGUACACGCCCCGUAUCCGAGGACAAGCGAGUAAGCGACACAACACAAGACAGCAGGUCGCUGGGAUAUGUGUGUGGCUCCCUUAUUCAGAAGCAGUUUUGGGGUUUUGUAAGAAAUAUUCGCAAUAUGCAGUGUGUACGAAGACAACCAGCGCGGACCAAGUCUCAAGAGUCCUUAUACCGCGCCCAGACGAAAACAACAGCGAAACACAACAUGAAACUUAUAGGUUUGGAGGGUGACAAGGACCUGCAGUUCCUCAUGAACGGCGGAGAUCUUUUGAAAGUGCGCUCGGGUUCGUGGAAACAGGCACGCUUCUAUAAACUGCAGGAGGACUGCAAGACCAUGUGGCAAGAAUCCAAAAAGGCCUUUAAGUCCAAACAGACAUUCUCUGUUGAGGACAUUGAUGAGGUACGAACAGGUCGGCAGACUGAGGCUUUAAGGAAAUACACAGAGGAUUCAGUGGAGGGCCGAGCGUUCUCCAUCUUGUUUAAGGGUCGACAGAAAGGCCUGGACCUGAUCGCCAACUCUGAGGAAGAUGCCAAGAAGUGGGUCGGCGGUUUGGAGAAGGUCAUCUCAAACAUAAAGAACCUCACUCCGCAGGAGAAAACAGAGCAUUGGAUCUACAGCUGUAUGCGUAAAGCAGAUAAAAACUUUGAUAAUAAGAUCAGUCAGAAUGAACUGAAGAGCUUUCUACAAGACAUUAACAUUGAGGUGGCUGAAGAUUAUGCUGAAAUGCUCUUUCAGAAAUGUGACAAAUCAAAGUCCGGAGUUCUUGAGGGCAAGGAGAUUGAGCAUUUCUAUGAGAUCCUGACAGAAAGAGAGGAGAUCGAUGUCAUCUAUGCAGAGUAUGCAAAGACAGGCGGUCUCAUGAGCGUCGCUGACCUGCAGAACUUCCUGUUGAAUGAACAGAAAGAAAAUGCGUCUCAGAAUGAUGCCCUUCAGCUCAUUGAGAAAUAUGAGCUUGAUGAAAACGCCAAAGCCAAACAGCAAAUGACAAAGGACGGCUUCCUAAUGUACUUGAACCAGCCAGAGGGGCUGAUCUUUAAUCUGGCUCAUAAAAGUGUUUACCAGGACAUGAACCAGCCUCUCAACCAUUACUUCAUCUCCUCCUCUCACAACACAUACCUGCUGGAGGAUCAGCUCAAAGGACCCAGUAGCAUUGAGGCGUACAUAAAAGCACUUCUAAAAGGCUGCCGCUGUGUGGAGUUGGACUGCUGGGAUGGAUCAGAUGGAGAGCCGGUCAUUUACCACGGAUACACUCUCACCUCAAAGGUCCUCUUCAAAGACGUGAUCAAAGCCAUUAAAGAAUACGCCUUUAAGACGUCCGAGUAUCCUGUGAUCCUGUCUGUGGAGAACCACUGCAGUGUGGAACAGCAGAAAACCAUGGCUGAGCACUUGAUCUCCAUCCUGGGUAGCGCUCUGGUCACCAAACCCCUUGGAGAUCAGAUGCCUACAUGCCUCCCUUCCCCAGAGGAACUCAAAGGCCGGUUCAUAGUCAAAGGGAAAAGACUAGACAAACUUGAGAACAUAUUUUCAGAGGAGUCCAAAACAGCAGAGGAAGAAAGUGUAACGGAGGAGGAAGAUGAUGAAGGUGACGAAGAAGACCAGGAAAAGAAGUCUAGCCAGAAAUCAAAGUCGCUGAAGGUGGCGAAAGAGCUGUCUGAUAUCGUGAUCUACUGCAAGAGUGUCCACUUUCAUGGGUUUGAGGAUUCCCGGGACAAUCAGUCUUUUUAUGAGAUGGCCUCCUUCAAAGAGGGAAAAGCUGUGACACUGGCAGAGGAAUCAGCAAACGAUUAUAUUCAUCACAAUACAGACAAACUGAGCCGGAUUUACCCUGCGGGUCUGAGGACGGACUCCUCAAACUAUAACCCUGUGCCUCUGUGGAACGCAGGCUGUCAGAUAGUGGCCCUCAACUUCCAGACUCCCUGCCCAGAGAUGGACCUCAAUCAGGGACUCUUUUUACAAAAUGGACGGAGUGGUUACAACCUCAAGCCUGCUUUCCUACGAGAUCGAGACACUAAGUUUGACCCCAUCACUCUACCGGAGGGACCGUGGUUAAGGAGAAAAACCCUUCAUGUGAUGGUGAUCUCAGCCCAGCAGUUACCCAAAGUGAGCACCAGGAAGUCAUCCAUUGUUGAUCCAAUUGUGAAAGUGCAAAUCUACGGUGUACCAGCUGACAUGACUGAAGUGGAAACACAGUAUACUGAGAAUAAUGGCUUCAAUCCCAUGUGGAACGAGAACUUCAAGUUUGAUGUGCGUGUGCCAGAUCUAGCCCUCGUCCGCUUUUUGAUUGAAGACUACGACUCUAGUUCAAGCAAUGAAUUUAUUGGCCAGUACACACUUCCCUUCAACAGCCUAAAGAAUGGAUAUCACCAUGUGCCAUUGCUCACCCAGAAUGGAGACCACCUUUCCUUCGCUGGGCUUUUUGUUCACAUCAUGGUUGUGGAUGCUGAAUAACACAUGAAGGUGCAGGCUUUAAACUGUGUCUGAGAUUAUCUUGUGUAGCUUUAUUCAACAGCUCAGACGUCCCGAAUGGUCUGCAAAUAGAGGCAGCUUGAGUGAUUCUAAGGGGUAAAUGACAUAAAUGACAAAUUGUGGGAAUAGAACAACUUUUCAGAAGUUGUAAUCUGAUGGUCGUACAAUAUCAAUAAUUGUUUUUUUUGUUUUUUUUUUGUAUUUUUAACUAUUUGUAAAAUACAUUUAUACUUUUUAGAAUGCCAAAUAGAUUACUUUUAUUGUGAGUCGUAGUUAGACUGAGCAGUUUUUAGAUAUUCAGAUUUUAGAGGAAUAAUUUGAUUAUUGAUCUGCACACUUUCUCCUAGAUUCCAUUUUUUAAAACCAGCAUUGGAGUUUUUGUCUUUGUCUUUUAUGUAGUUACCAUAUCUAAUUUGUUAAUAAGGUACUAAAAUUCUCAAGUUUGUCUGAUACUCAUAAAAUAAGUGAUCUGAUGAAACACAUUACCAACCGUAUACUUCCAUGUAAAG